CCGAGCAACAGAGCGCAGAUGGAACAAGCUCGUAACAGCAAGAGGCAAAUCUCACGGUCUUGCAUCAAGCAUAAACUAAACUCGAUUAAUAGCCUAUGCGUGCUGUAAACAGGCUGAGGGCAAUGUGGAGGAAUGGGAAGGACUACAACAACAGACUAGUACAAUGCCGCAUGUACGUUUUAUCAGAGAAAGCAAAAGGUUAUGAACUUGUUUCUGAUUUAUUAUAACGGAGCAGCAGGGUCUGGAACAGAACCUUAAAAAUGAACAGGAGAUACUGUGUAUCAUCGCACUUGGAAACCCACUGAGAACCUGAGAGAAAGAAUGCCUGAAAACGUGUGGAAAGGCUCCGGUGUACUCUCCUAGGGCAUCCCGCACAACAGAUACCGUACAGGGGGCUUUGGGGGAAGGAGUGACAGAUGUCUUAUUGAUUGAGCUUUUUCCAGAGCAAAGUCUUUGUUAUUGGAUAAGCCAUCCAUCCAUGGCGUCAGUGCAGGGCGGAGCGAAGCAAACUCCAGAUUCCUCUUCCUACAGCAGUGUCUUAAUUCUCGGGACCAUCACAGCAGCCUCUGCCUUUGUGAUCACGGUACUCAUCGUGCUGCUGUGCAUGGGAUGCAAAAGGAAGGAGAAACCAAAAAGAAUCCAGGCAGAUGGGGUAAAACUGAUGGACAUGAAUUCACUGAGGCAAACAAAGCUGCGCUCCAUUAGCAAGUCUGACACAAGGCUUCAUGAUAUAAACAAACUAGACUACAAUGCAAGAAAAGCAUCGAAAAAUCGUCCAGCCAGCAUGGAUCUCCUGUACCUUCCCAACCGCAGGUCUGACUUGGACUUGCGAUGCCCUCAAAGCAGACAGCUCCCGAAAAUUCCUCUCGGUUCCGGGGCGGAAAGGGAGCACACCUAUUCUGAGGUGAGGCCCCGCGCCCCAGAAGAUGCUCUUUAUGAAAGCGUCGGGGGCAAGAAUGAGGCUGAGACAGCAGGCAGCGCUACACUAGUUCAGCCGAAACCACAAAACCCGGCCCAGCCCAAUGGGAACGGCAUCACAGCCCCCACAAAUACCCAAGCCUCGGACGCUGUAACGGCUGAGUACGCCUGCAUCCGCAAGGUCAGGAAGAACGACAAGACCCCUCUCCAGCUGAAGCAGCCUGAAAAUGGCACAGGUUCGAGAGAGCCAGAAACCAUCCGCUCUAACACAGAGCUACACCCUACACAUCGCAAACAGGAUCUGCCAAGAAAACCCAUUGAUGAGUUCCAUUUGCUUUCUUUUCCCAAGGAGACUGUAUUCAUGGGCAAUGGUGAACAGUACAUAUGGAAGCCCCCUGAAGAAGGUGAUAUCUCCAUGCUCCAGUCAAGACCAAGUGCGCCACCAAGCGUCCCACAUGGAGACAACAAUCAAGGACAGCUGACCGCUGUGGAGAUUUCAGAGAUGUAUUCAAAGGUGUGCAAACCCACAAAGAAGAGGAAGCCUCCUGCGUCACCUCCAUCCACUAAAGAGAACGCUGGGCACAGGACUGAGCACUGUUCAGGUAGCAAUGCGGAGGGGGAGGCGGGCACAGGGUAUGAUGUCACAAAGACACAGGUCUGGGCAGGAAGUGCCCAGGCAGUGAUGCCCAGUGAAGACCCCUGCUACGAGUCCAUUAGUGAGAAGACCUGGGUGGGGGGCGGGGAUGCUGACCCAGCCUACGAAACUAUUGACGCCAACUGGAAAAGGGACAAAGCCCUGGCACCCCAGCAAGGCAAAAAGAAGAAGGCAAUCUCAAAGACCCUCCCCAGGGAGAACUUAUACGAAAGCAUCAGCGAUCUGAAGCAAGGGGCCACCACCAGCACAACCACCAUAUUCACAUUUAAUGAUGGUGUCGAAAUGUAUGUCACGGGACUAUAGUGCCCACUCUUGAAUCAUCCUGAAAUGCCACUUUACAUAUUCUUUUCAUCCAUUCCGAUUUUUUAACCAUGCUCGAAAGGACGCUGGCCGGACAUGGCACAACAAUGUAAAUUCCUUGCCUGCCUUUGAGGGUUGCUAGAGUGGUAUACUUCACAAGCUGUUUUGUGUACAGAAAGCUGAAUGCAUUUUUAUUUAAACUUACAUUGCUACUGACAGUACAAGGUACUGAAGCUAGUAAAGGAACCAGUCCAGAUUUAGCACUCAAACCAAGUAAGAAUUAUCGCCAAUGCUUUACUGAUUGGGGCUAAAAAAUACUAUCCUUAUUCCUUCAUGAACAGCACACAAUAUGAUGAAACAAUGUACAGCAAACUGAGAUUUAUACUGUAUAAAACUUCUAGGCCUACAGUUACUAAGCUGCAUGCGCAGAAAGUUCUUGUCAGCUCUCAGAUCCUUAAAGGAUCUUCCAUCAUUUCACAUUACUUAGUCUCUCCACUUUUGGCUGAAAGUCUCAUUAUUAACCAUUCCAAAUAGCCACCUGUAAUGUAAUUUGCAAAGAUGUUUGAAGUGGAUUAUACCUGUUGUUUUUUGGGGUUGUAUAGUGUUUGUGAAGAAGUUAUGGAGCUAUGUUGUUUAGCCUCAUUCAAGUAAAAAGUUCCCAAAUUGUUCUAGUACUCUCACAUUGCAUUUCUAUUUCUCUCCACUUUCUUGGAGUUAGAAUGGGUUGUUUAAAGAAAAGACAUUCAGAAAUAAUUCCCCUUUUUGAUUAAUUGAUUGUCCUUGUAUUGAUUUUCAGUAGCUUAAACACAUUCUUUAAGUGUAUAUGAUAUAUACUUUAUGUAUAUUUUCUAGAACAACUAUAUAGACUAUUUGACUUUUUUAAUUUGUAAAGAGCUUUGAAGACAAAGUUCUGUACAAAGUGGCUCCUAAUAUGAUAUAGUAUAGUCUUGAGUAUUAUAGUACUGUAUAUAUUUUGCUAUUAUUUGAAAUUUAGUAUUGUUUUUUCAUGUUUACUUUUUGCUUUUAUUUUGUCCUUAACCUUGUGGGUUAAUUAUCUUUAAAUGGCCUUUACAUAAACUAACAACAGGUUUAGAAUUAGUCACCGAUUUCAAAUAUGAAUAUUGUUUGAGAAUAGGACUUGUUUACAAUCUGAAAUCAUAAUGUCAUUCACUCCAGCUCCUAACUUCAGUACAUAUCUAACUCAAAGGAACCAUAUACCUGUCUUUACUCAUGUGCCCCGCCAGACCAGCCCGUUAUGUUUUGCACUGGGAAUCUGAAAACAGAGAAACAUUAAGUGCCAACCAGGGGACACAGAGCCAUUGAUUGUGUGCCACCCCAAACCUGUCAGCUGUGUCUCUGCCUGAUGUCUACUCUACAGGUUGCAUAACUCAAUCAAUGAGCCUUUAAAUACAGAGCCACUUUGGAAUGUUCUCCAUAUUUUCACUUGUAAAACCAAAACCUUUUGCAAGCUUCAGUUUUUCUAAACCAGAAAGUAGCCAGUUAAUUAUUUGUUUUUAGUUGCUCCACCGAAGGUACUUAACAUGUCAUCCUUAUGUUUUCCCAUGUUUUUAAAUGUGUUUGUAUUUAAAUGUAUGGAUAAGCUUUGAGACUGUACUCCGACUGUGUGACGUGUGCAGUGGAUUAUCUACCUGAAAGUCUGCUUCCACGUGAUUAUUCCUUUGCCAAGACUCCGUUCCAGCGACCUCUGCCACAGUCUCUGGUUAGACUGUUGGUGGAGGGAGGAUUCCAAAGAAAACAAAGUAAUGAGCACAAAAUUACAAGCGAGAGAGAUUUUGGAAGCUCGCCUUUUUAUCUGGUCCGUCUUCAAAAAGGCCUCUUUGUAAACAAACACUUUCCCAUGCAGCUCAAGAAAUGUGAUUUUUAAAAAUAUUAAGAGUUUUAUGAAAUCUGAAAUGGAAAAAUUAAGAGGAAAAAAAAGCUCAGGGAAAGAAAUACAAUGCUGGAUUAGGAAUAAUUCGUACUGUAUAUGGGACAAUAAGAAGAAACAUUUUCUGAGAAAGCAAAAUGCUGUGUUGAAACCGUGUCACUUUAUUCAAGGUUACAAAUGCACUGUAUAUUUUCUAUAUGCACUGUUUUUAUAAACUAGAGAUUAUUCUAAAAACAAUGUAACAGAAAAGCUAAAUCACUGCCAUGCUUAAAUGUAUUAUUUUGUUAAAUGCUGUUAUUGCAAUUUGCUUGCUUGAAGGUGCAUGCACUUAAUCUGCUAUGGUACCUGAGAAUGUUUACACAGUUACACAGCAAUUUUAUUUCAGGAUUAGCUCUUGAUAUAUGGAUUAUGACAAUGCCACUUUGUCCUGAUAUGCCUAGAUACUGCAUGAUAACAAUAAAAGCUUAACUGAUAGCACUGAUUGCUGAAAGCCUCUAUUUGUUCAAUUAGAACCCACAACUCAGAGAAGACAAAACCAAUGCAGUGCUUGCUGAACCAGUACCUUGACUGAAACUCAGUCCAGAAAAGAAUGUGUGGUAAGAGUCUGGGGAAGCAAGUUCUGUCUACAUGAACACCUGAUUCUUCUCACCUCUAGACACAUCCUGUGACGCACAAGGAUUAAGUGGUAAUUAUUUAUAUAUAUAUACAUGUACCAUUAAGAAUACACAGAUGACUAAGGCAUUUUAAAAUCCUGAGUCAAGAGAACUGCACAUCUCACAUCAAGUCCUUACAGCUUUAUAAUUACUUUUUAAGCCAAUAGGCUCGAGGAAGAUCGAGAGGACUUUAGGGAUCACAAGAACAAGUGCAUAGUUAUAAAGAAUAUAUAUGCUGUGUGACAUGCACUAAACCACCCUGCUAGGAUUAGAUUCCCACUCAAAGCCAUACAAUUCCUCCUUAGACAGUGGUGACUUCUGCUAUAACAAAAGGACAGGCCACCUGCUGUUGUAUUUCAGCAUCAUCCAGUUUUGAUGGGGGAUGAAAUCACCUUUUAACUGGUUAAUCUAGCCCUGUUACAUACUUACUGAGAAGUAUUAAAAAACAAAAUAAAUCGAAUGUCUCCAGUACACAUUUGUUGUGUUUUUAAUGCCUCUCAGUAUACAUAUACCUAUGUACAUAUGUAUAAUACAAUGCAUAUUAUAUUAGGGAGCACAUUCUUGAUGUCUUUUAGCAAUCAAAGUUUAAUUUAGCUUUAUUGUUCUGAUUGUGUUUAAUGUUUCAAAUGGUUAUCUGGUGACAAAUUACAGCUGUGUAUCAUUAUGGACAAUUUGUACCCAAGCAUAAAACAUUUUAGGUGUUCAGUUUUAACCUCAAAUAGAAAUGACAGGCCUGUAUACUUCAGAGAAAUGUGUAAAAACUGCUGAACAUAGUGUGGCAGCUGGUGUUACUGUUAGCUCA